AUGGGUGACGGCUCGCACGACGAUGGCUUCUUCAACAGGCUUCAACUUCAAGACCGCUGGGCAGGCAUCUGCCGUGCCAUAAAACCAUACCUCCCGCCCGUCAAUUUUAUCACGGUCCACCACGCCUACUUCAUCUUCAUCGGACUGAUAGUAUCGGCGAUUUUCUUUGCAUUGGCCGACAGGGAGGAGUUCAAAACGCUCAGCUUUGUUGAUUCAUGGUUCCUCAUCAUGUCUGCAUUCACGGGCAGCGGCCUCAACACUGUCAAUCUGAGUGAACUGGUCGUUGCCCAGCAGGCCAUCUUGUUCGUCAUGAUGGUCAUUGGAAGCCCCGUUCUGGUAUCUCUUUUCACCAUUUGGUUUCGCGUUCGUAUUUUCGAGAAGCGUUUCGACCGCAUCGUUGAAGCCGAAAGGGAGCGUCGCCGACGCAAGCGCGCAACUGGUGCCAUGCUUGGCAUGGCUGGGGCCAUGGCCGGUCUGCCAGUAAUGUCGACUUUUGGCGCCAGUCCCCGUCCCAAUCCUCAAUCUCAUGAGGAACGUGCCAAGAACGACGCUUUUGAACUUUCAAAGCCCAAUUCGCCCAGGCCCCGGGAAAAAGACGGCCGUCAAGCCGAGUCACCUCAGUUAUCACCGUUCCUGAACUCCACCCCGAUGGCCAUGCACCCGCAGGUGGCAACACCUCAGAGCGACUUCCAGGGGGACAUUGCAGCUCCUUCGCCACGUGGUCCCAGGCCUACCCUUUCGCCCGGCCAGAGUCAUCGCCAACGACCUCCUAUGUCGCCGCUUGCGCGCUCUGCUACUAUCAGGACUGGAACCACUGAGGCCGUAGGAGAAACUGGAUUCGACUUUAGGACUUUUGUUCGUUCACACAAACAUUCCAUCGGGCGCAAUGGCCAGUUUUUCGAUCUUGACGACGACGAGCGCGAGUAUCUUGGAGGGGUCGAAUACCGUGCCCUCAAGCUAUUGUUCGUCAUAGUUGCCAUCUACUUUGUUGUCUUGCAGAUCCUGGGAGCCAUUGCGCUGGGCGCUUGGCUGGCCGUCCACGGGCGAGAAGUUACCGCGGUGAAUGCUCAGGAUCCCUGGUGGUCCGGCAUAUUUCUGGCUAUUUCCUCCUUCAACAAUUGCGGAUUGACGUUGCUAGAUGCCGGUCUAACCGCCUUUGCAGACGACGCCUUUGUGCUUACUGUCAUUACUUUACUAUCCUUUGCCGGAAACGCCGCUUUUCCUGCCUUUAUCCGAGGCACCAUAUAUCUGGGACGUCUCUUUUUCAAGCACAUCAUCGCCCGCCACGGCCCCGAAUCCGACGAGUACGGCGCUUGGGAAGAGGCUUUCGAUUUUAUCCUCAAAUACCCACGACGCCUAUUUAUGCUAAUGUUUCCCUCAAAGGCCAACCUCGUCUUUGUCUCUUUCUUUUCAACAAUCGUAGCCGUCAACUGGAUUGGGCUCCUUGUCCUAGGCUUGGGAAAUCCGGUGCUAGAUGCAUUCCCGCUGGCCAAGCGCGUCGGUGUGGCGCUCUUCCAGGCUACGACGACGCCCUCCGGUGGUUUCUCAGUAUUCUCGAUAUCUGGCCUGUGGUUCGAUGCCCAGGUGCUUUUACUUAUUGUCAUGUAUCUCGCCGCGUAUCCCGAGAUUAUAGUGAUGCGUAAUUCUAAUGUCUACGAAGAGCGGUCGCUCGGAUUAUAUUCUACCGCAGAGGCGGCCAAGCAGGACGAGGAGGAAGACGCCGCGGACGAGGCAGCAGCAGCAGGGAUGACGCUCAUCGUCCCACAGCUCUCGGCGAACUCCAUGUCCCACGCCAGCGGCAUUUCGGCAAAGCCUAGUAUAGCCACGGCAACCAUAAAAACGCUGGCGCAAGCCGGUCGGCGCGGCACCGCAUUUGUGGGUAAGCAGUUGCAGCAGCGCAUGAGCGACUUUCAGGGUGUGGGCAUCGACAAUGCCGCGGCCCGCCGUCGCUCACAGGCCGCCGCGUCCCUCCCAGUCAUAGUCGGGAUCAAGAGGUCCAAGAGCAUCCAGUUUGAACCAUCGCCGGCCGCUACGGCGGCAUCCGAUGGUAGUGUCAGUCUAGUCUCGCAGCACCUUCGCGGACAACUGGCGCACGACGUAUGGUCCAUCGCACUCGCAUUGUUUUUGAUCACAAUGAUCGAAACUCUACAUUCAAUAAUUGACCCACGCACGUUUAGCGUGUUCAACUUUCUCUUCGAAAUCGUUUCAGGCUAUACAAACAUUGGUAUCUCUGUUGGUUUGCCCGACCAAGCCUACAGCUUCUCUGGCGGCUGGUAUACCGGCAGCAAGGUAGUAAUGAUACUCAUGAUGAUCAGGGGCCGACACAGAGGGUUGCCUGUUGCGCUAGACCAUUCGGUCAAGCUGCCGGGCUGGGACGACGUGGCGAGGGAGGAACAGGACGCAGAAAUCCGGCGAAGUCUCAGCAUAGCUCGUGCCAGCAUGGAAAAUAAUGGCCAACAGCAGGUCAUUUACUAG